AGAAAGUUUCUGUUAAGAGUGACGCUUGAUCGGUUUUGCAAUCACGGGAGUGGGUGUUAUCGAUAAACCCCAGUUGACCAAAUGGCGCAAAACGACGCCGUCGCGCUGAGUUAGGCCGAUUCGCGUUCGCCCAUGCCGUCCGCCAAUCCUUUAAAAUUUAUUCCCCAGGAAGAUCUCCAGCUUCGUGCAGAAAGAGAGAGAGAGCGCGAGGGAGAGGGAGAGAGAGAGAGAGCGCGCGAGGGAGAGGGAGAGAGAGAGAGAGAGAUUGAUUUCUUCAUCCUUUGAUCUCAUCUCUACCCUUCUCUCCAAAUUGCUGAAUUUCGUCUAAUGAUUGGUUUAUUUGAGGAAGGAAAUCUGUUGAUGCUUGAAGCUGUGACUGGCCAUCUUCAAGGUUGAUUUUCAGUCAGAAGUACUCAUUUCAUGGUUUUCUGAUGGGCAAAGUUAUGAGUAAUAUUGACUUAAUGUUUUAAACGAUGCUCCUUUAGAAAUUAUUGCCCCUUGUAUUCUCUGGUUUGCUUGCUUGUCACGAUGUGGUGUUUUGCUUCAAAUGCUAUUGCAAACAUGGGACUGAAUAAAAACUCAUCAAAGCGAAGUCGAGCUAGUUCAGAAGUGUUAGAUGAUGAGAUCUGUUCGAAUAUAAGCAGAGAGGAAGGAUUGGAAUGCCCCAUAUGCUGUGAGUCCUUCAAUAUUGUUGAAAAUGUUCCUUAUGUGUUAUGGUGUGGUCACACCCUCUGCAAAAAUUGCGUUUUGGGGCUUCAAUGGGCUAUUGUGAAAUUGCCUACUCAAAAAAUCCAGAUCCCAUUCCUCAUUUCUUGCCCUUGGUGCCAUUUCUUGUCCCCCCGGCUGGUUUACAAAGGGGUUCUCAAGUUUCCUCGCAAGAAUUUCUUUCUCCUAUGGUUGGUGGAAAGCUUGAAUGCUGAUAGAUUGAAGUCUUUUUCCUCAUUUUAUGUGGACCAUCAACCAGCUAGCUCUCUGAAUAGCAAUUUGGUUUGUGAAAGUCAAGCAAGCAACAGUAGCAUCUCUCGGAGAGUUCCAUGCAGUCCUUGUCCUGGACAUUUGGGAAACGAUGAUGAUAGUAGCCACAUCACUGAACUCCCUAAUGUGGCAAGACACCAUUUUUCUCUCAAGGAGUCUUUGAAUCUUUUCAUUGACUUUGCAGCAAAAUUUCCAUUGGUUCUCAUUCUUCUUCUGAUUGUCUUUUGUGUGCUACCUGCUAGUGCUGCCAUGUUGGCUCUGUACGUGCUAGUCACCGUUCUGGUUGCACUACCGUCUUGCCUGGUGUUGUACUUCACAUAUCCUAUUUUGGUUUGGCUUGUGAGAGAAAUCACUGCUUGAGGCAUUGGUUCAUCUGUUUAUAAACCUUGAGAUCCAACAUGACUUUUGUAUACACUGAAACCAGUGAUAGCGUGCGAUGAUGGCAUCUGUGUUUUCAACUCUUGCCCACUACAUUUAUUUGGAUCAGUAAUUAUGCUUCUCGUCAAUUUGAUGGUUUGAUCUUUAGAAUCUUUCAGAUUCAAUAUGUUUGUUGGAGGUUUCAAAAUCCCAGGGGAUGCAUCUCGUCCAUUAGAUUUGUAAAGAUUUUCAGUUGUAGUAAUUGGUGCCAACUCUACUGCAUUGCUGUUAGUUUCUUAUUGUUUGUUGUAAAAGCAUAAUCCUGGGAUAUACUUUUGCAAGUGCUUGUAGUGUUGAUGCCUAAAAGGCCUUUUUUUUUUGGCUAUGAAGCAUUUAUGGGCAUCUUCAAAGCUUGAAGCAUUAAUAAACUGCUCUGAUGCAGGUCAAUGUGAUGGCUAGCGUGUACAGCUAUGCAGUUUUGAUUAUUGAUUUGUAUGCGCUUAAUUUUAA